GCCCAACGUCACCCUCCGCGUUUCUUAUAAAGCUCCUGUCUAUCCUCCGUCAAGACGCCCCCCCUCUUCCACCACGUACGACAACUCUUCCAACUCACUCUCAGCCCACCACAACUCUUCAACCACUCAAUCAACCCCUUUUUCCAAAAACCCAACCCUCACAACCCACAUUCAAAAUGACUGGCGGAAAGUCCGGCGGCAAGGCUAGCGGUUCCAAGAACGCUCAGUCCCGUUCCUCCAAGGCUGGUCUGGCCUUCCCCGUUGGCCGUGUCCACCGUCUGCUCCGCAAGGGCAACUACGCUCAGCGUGUUGGUGCCGGUGCUCCCGUCUACCUCGCUGCUGUCCUUGAGUACCUGGCUGCCGAAAUCCUCGAGUUGGCCGGUAACGCCGCCCGUGACAACAAGAAGACCCGUAUCAUCCCCCGUCACCUCCAGCUCGCCAUCCGCAACGAUGAGGAGUUGAACAAGCUCCUGGGUCACGUCACCAUCGCCCAGGGUGGUGUCCUCCCCAACAUCCACCAGAACCUCCUGCCCAAGAAGACCCCCAAGGCCGGCAAGGGCAGCCAGGAGCUGUAAACGGUUUUCUUCUCGCGGUUUCUGUUUUGUUUUUUCCGGCGCGGGUUGGUUCAUUGACACGAUAAUGGGGUUAUGGGAUGGGCACGUUAUGGCUCUGCGUUUUCUCUUUUCUUCAUCAGUUUCCAGGUUGUACAUUGUCUACGGGCAUGGAAUGAUACCGACGAACUUCAAGCUUGUUCGAGGGAUUUCAAGUUCUUUUUUUCGGAUAACUAGUCCCGGGCAAACGCCCGAAUCAAUGAAAAGAUUCUAGGUCCUCCA